GGUCCGAUGCAUAUGUGUUUUGAUUGAGUUGUCAAAUUUCAUAUAUUUUCAGUUCAACCUUAGUUUUUUAGUUUAACUUUUAUAAAAAAGAAAAAAACUGAAAACUAAAAAAAACUUUCAAAAUAGCUAUUACUAAAAUUUCUAAAGUGCCCAAGAAAAAACAUCAAAAUUAAAAAACCAAAAAAACAUUUGAGAAAGGAAAGCAGUGUCGUGGGGUACACAGGUGCGAACAAUGUCCCAACAAUAUCCUAAUCCACAACAAAAAAGUAAUGAACCCGUAUGUGCAGACAACAAUAAGAAAAAAGGAGUUGCAAGACAAAAAUUAGACCAACAAAAUCUUAAAACAAAACUUUUUGAAGUAAAGGGUUCAGGCGAUGGAGGAUCAGUAAAACAAAAACAUGAGCUUGAUCACUCAAAGUGCCAACUAUUAAAGUCAAAAAGCCCACUGCAAGCAACAACUGGGGCAUUCAACCAAUUAAAACAUAAGGAGUCAAUUACAUGCAUGGAUCAACUGCAACAACAAAUGCAAUCAAUUUUAUCAUGUACUGAGAUUAAUGAAAAACAGCACAACUGUCAACAUCGAAAUAAUGCGGGUUCACAAAGGUGUUCUCGUCGUAAUUCAUUGAAUCAGGAACAGAAAUGUGAUCAUCACGAAGCACACGACCAGCACCCCAAUUCUGAAAACAAUCGACCGCUAAGCAAAUCUGCACGAUUACGUCAAAAACGUAAAGCUGCUCAAAGAAAUAAAUAUGUAGCUAUUGAUUGUGAGAUGGUUGGUGUGGGUCACAAUGGUCAAGACGACAUGUUGGCACGAGUUUCUAUCGUAAAUAAACAGGGUGAAGUUUUGUUAGAUAAAUUUGUUAAACCGUGGAUCAAGGUAACUGAUUAUAGAACAAGUGUAUCUGGUAUCAGACCAAAGGACAUCGAAAAUGGCGAAGAUUUUCAUUUGGUUCAGGAUGAAGUUGUUGAAUUGCUUCAGGGUAAAAUUCUUGUUGGUCAUGCUAUACGCAACGAUUUGGCUGUAUUACACAUAAAGCAUCCAUAUAAAAAUAUACGAGACACUGCCCGUUAUAAGCCUUUAUGCCGUCUAGUUUCGAACGGACGAACUCCGAGCCUUAAACUUUUGAGUCAAGCAAUUUUAGGCAUGGAAAUACAAAUAGGAGAGCACAAUUCCGUGGAGGACGCACGUGCUGCUAUGAAAAUUUAUAACUGUUUAAGUGGAGAUUGGGAAAAAUAUGUUCAAAAACAACAACAUAAUCACCAUAAAUAGAAUUAAAGUGACUUGAAUUAUAAAAGCAACACGCCUAUUUCAUAUUUUUCUACUAGUAAUCUUCGAAAUAAUUAAGUGAUUUAGCCUUAAGUUGCUAAUAACGCACCUCACGUCAUUACAUAAAUAUAAAAAAAUAAUUCUAAACGUUUUGCAUGGAAAACAAGAAGAUACAAAUUUAAAAAGGCAUAACAACAAUUUAGUACAAUUUAACAAAUUAACUUCCGAGCAUAAAAUUCUGAUGAAUUUCUUCAAUUCAAACGCGAAACUUCGCUGAGCAUACCUAGCAGAAUUUGAGCCAGUAGCAGUUGUAUAGUGCAUUUGUGUUACUUAUAUUAAUGUAAAUGUAAUUGCUAGUAAAAGAUAAAUAAUUAUUGUUAAAUAUAACAAUACAAAAUGUUAAGAACCAUUCAAGAUAAUUUUAAUUAAAAAUGAUUGUCUUAAACCUA